AUGGGUUUCCAGUAUUCUAUUGCACCGGUAGCAUAUUACUGUAUAUUUUAUUGUUUGUGGGGUAGUAAGCCCAGGAGUGUUGUGUCAGAGGUAUACAGUUUAUAUUUAGAAGAUCCUGCUUUAGACAACAUUAUUAAUUUGAUAUGGUCUGGUAUAUGGAUUGGACUUUGGUUCUAUACCAGUUUAUACUUUAUUUCUAUCUACACCAUGAAAACAGUUUUUAAUAUAGUGCUUACUGAGCCAAUAAGAUUUCCAAUUGAAAGUGAAAGUCAGAUCACAUUAAAUAAUGCUCUUUCCCAAAGAUUACAAUUUAUUGGGUAUUUAGGAGCUCAAGACUUAAAGAAUAUGUCACUAAAUGAUCCAGCACGAAGAUCACAAAUAUUUACACUUUCUCAACCUGGAGGUCAUCCUAGAAACUGGAACAAUUUAUUAGAAAAAUGUCUUUUUGUUAUCAAAGAAUUAAAUAAGGAAUUAGAAAAAAUUAACAUUGACAACUCUGCAAUUGAGAAUGAUAAUUCAUAUCACAGGAAAAAUUAUAAACAACCUGCUCCUCUGACAUCACCAUUAUACUCAGGCACUUUAAGAAAUAUGGCUCAAUCACCUCAUUUGUUUGAACUUAAACAUGAUCAAAAUAAAAAUAAAGUGGAUGAAACUUUUGGAGCCACCAUUAAAGAAGAGUGGAACAAUUUUCUACAUAAGCUUUGCCAAAAACCUGGUAUCAAUUACUUUUUUGGAGAACUUGUUGAUACUAAGCUAAAGUUCAUUCUUAUACAAGCACAACCAGUAACCUGGAUUUGUGAAGGCCUAGCUUAUAUUGUAUCAGCUUCAUUAAAAGAAGAUAAAUAUGGAGUAGUACAAAAUGAUUUAUCUAUAGUUAUUGCUGCAAUGGUGAAUCUGAAGCAAAAUCUAGAUAAGUUGGCAAAAUCUGGUCUUGUACCUAGAAAACAUAUUUUAAAUGAUGCUCUUGCUAUAAAAAUAAGAAAUGCUCUCUUAUCAUCAGUAAAGCGUAGCUUAUACAAAAUUGUAAUUACAUUUGCUAAGUUUAUCCAUGAAAUACCAUUAGAUCCUGAUGUUCAAAUUGCAAUACAGCCAUUUUUAUUGUGUAAAGAAGCA